GGCUUCCCAGACCCGGAGCCCGCCGCCACCACCCCCACAGCCGCGCGCAGCCCUCGGCGCGAUGGACCCGGCGGUGGCCGCGCAGAUGAGCGAGGCGGUGGCGGAGAAGGUGCUCCGGUACCGGCGGGACGAGUCAGGAUGGAAGAUUUGCCGGGAAGGCAAUGGAGUUUCAGUUUCCUGGAGGCCAUCUAUGGAGUUUCCAGGGAACCUGUACCGGGGAGAAGGCAUUGUGAACUCGACACCAGAGAAAGUGUGGGGCUGCAUAAAGCCGCUUGCUGGGACCCUGCGAGACAAGUGGGAUGAGAAUGUGAGCAGCUUUGAAAUUAUCGAAAGCAUCACUGAUAUGCUGUGCGUGAGCAGAACCGCCACCCCCUCGGCUGCCAUGAAGCUCAUUUCCCCUAGAGACUUUGUGGACUUGGUGCUAGUCAAGAAGUAUGAGGACGGGACGCUCAGUUCCAAUGCUGUCAAUGUGGAACACCCGUUAUGUCCUCCGAAGCCAGGUUACGUGAGAGGGUUUAACCACCCUUGUGGGUGCUUCUGUGAGCCUCUGCCAGGGGAGCCCAACAAGACCAAGCUGGUCACGUUCUUCCAGACUGACCUCAGCGGCUACCUCCCGCAGAGUGUGGUGGACUCCUUCUUCCCCCGCAGCAUGGCCGGUUUCUACACCAACCUGGAGAAAGCAGUGAAGAGGCUUUAUGACUGAUGUCCUCACCUGCUGGCCAAGAACUCCAGAGACUCCCCACAGAGCUCCUCUUGUUCGGGUUCUGGAGGGCUCGAGGGCUAGUGUUCACCCUUCAGAACCCGCUUGGGAGCAGCUCAUCUCCAAGAAGCCAGCCAGAGUGGCCCCUGCCACCCUGCUCCUCCUCCCACUCGGGGCUGGUUUGGGGGUACUGCUCCAGGGCCCCGUUUGCUGGCUGUCCACACCCCAACUUGGGCCAGCAGACACGAGCAGAUGAGCCUCUUUGUGCGAGUCCCUGCCAGAGACUACCUGCCGCUGCUCCCCCGCCAUCCCUGCCCUCCUUUGUCAGAGUCACCAUCGAUGCUGAAAACCAAACUCUGCUUCCUUUUUAGCACCCGGGGCUUUCCCACCUAUGCCACUGACCUCGUAUCUAUUUUUCUGCACCAGAUUCUCCCCUCUUCAAAAGGUAAUGACUUGGAAAAUAUUGUUUUAACAAAUGGGAUAAGCAUUAAGGAAAAAAUAACAUUCAAUAUGUCUUUGGUUGUAACUUCCAUUUGAAUCAGUGGUUUCCUCUCUUUUUCCCCCAAGUUAAAUUAAACUCCUACAUCCCCAGCAUAACCAGGUAGUCUGCAUCUGCCCUAAGCCGACUCUGCCGCCUUGGGGCAGGUACUCUCUGGAUUGAUUGUCAGCAGGAAGGAAGAGAGACCACAUCCUCUCCAGUGCUCCCUGGAGUCCUCGCUCUGGGCUCUGCUCUGAGACUGCGCCUCCCUGCACCGGCCUUGCUCACCAUGUGACUCAUCAGAACUGGGGAGCACAGUCCUGCCACCUGGAAGGAGCCCCAGCAGCCACACGAGGUCCCUUCCCUCUCUCCAGUCAGGACCACACAGCCUGCUGGUGAGGAGCAUCCCUGUGUCUGAGCAGAGUGUCCUCGUGUUGCAGUUACUGCUGUCUGUGGAAAAUAUCCACAGUCCUCCAUGUGGAAGACCUCUCCUGGGUGCGAAGUAGCUCGCUUCCCCACCUUCGAGUCCUGGGGUGGCUAUCUCCUCCAUGCGCCGAAGCCUGAGCAGGCUUUAAACCAGGAAGGCUCCGUGUCAAGGGGUUAGAAAGCCCCCUCCUUUCUGGGUUGUAAUGUGACUACAGAUCCCACAGCCAUGCCAUUAUUGGGAUCAUCUAGCUAACUUCUCAUCGAGAAAGCUUCAUCAGACUCUUGAAUUUAUUUAGAUUUCACCAUGCCAAGCACCAGCUCAGGAGACCCCAGAAGGCAGUGGUCUCACCAAGACGGCAUGGCACGAGUAGCCCCGUGUAGCAAGAUGGAGACCAUCCUCCCAAAGACAUUUGUCCCAGGCUCCAUCGUGUGUACGGCCCACCCGCUGGCAUCAGGUUGAACAGCAGCACUGGACGAGGAGUCAGAAAACAGGCACCUGAUCCCAUGCCUGCUACUCAGAAUUUCUGUUCCUGAGCAGUGACUUCACAUCCCUGUGCUUUGACUUCCUGUCUUUAUAGGACAAUGUAGCAUCGUGAAUAGCAGUCCCCAUGUACUCUGCUGCUUAAACGUCCAUGCAGGUGAAAUAAUGCGUGGACUGUUAGAACCGCCCGAGAGCUCCAUGACCACAGAGUGAUAAAAUGGGUCAGUGAUCCUGAGCUGUGAUGCUUGCUGUGUUUGGGGAUGAGUGGAAACUGCAGAGGCGCUGUUCUGUACCCAUCUGUCAAGGAGAGCCCAGCCUCCCAUGUAAAUCCCACCACCAUGAAGUGCAAAUGGAUGAGCUCUUGUUUUAAGACCUUGCUGAUUCUUGGACUGAAGAUCUGCCCCCUGCCCCAGCCUGGAAACGGGAAAUCUGACCAGUGGUGGCAUCCCAAGUGGCCCUGUUUGAGCUGGGGGACAGAGGGCACCUUCCAAGGCAGAAGGCAGGACUGGCUGUGCCCUAAUCCUGAGACAAGCCUGCCCAGCCCUGUGCAGGAGGCCUUCUCUGGGUCCCUGGCCCAUGGCCAGUGCUGUGCUCUUGCCUGUUACCACCUCCCAGUCCUGACAGGGCCACUUCCUCCUCCCUAGGCUGGUCCACAUGCAUGACUUGGCUGCUUACCCAGCAGUUGCCUGAUGAUUGGAGAUGUCACUAUGUGAUAUGGGGGGGGGGGGGCAUGGGUUUGCCUCUGGUCCCCAUGGCCCUGCCGGCCAGCCCUGGGAGCACAUGGUAAGAUCCUGUGAAGUGCAUGUAGAACUGGGUCAUGCCUUUCUGCUGGAUCGUGUUGACCUCCAGUGUUUAUUAAACCUGAAGAACGGG